CAGAAUCGCUCGGGGGAAUAAAGCGAGGGGGGUGGCGAGCCGCGGCCGCCUGUUGCUCGCGAACCAGGUGGGGCCGACGGGUCUGUCCCUCACCGCAAAGAUGGCAGGAAAAGCUCACAGACUAAGCGGUGAAGAGAGAGAACAGUUGCUGCCAAAUCUCAGAGCUGUGGGAUGGAAUGAGGUGGAAGGCAGAGAUGCCAUUUAUAAAGAGUUCCAUUUCAAGGACUUCAAUCGGGCUUUUGGAUUUAUGACCAGAGUAGCUCUUCAGGCAGAGAAACUGGACCAUCACCCUGAAUGGUUUAAUGUUUACAACAAGGUCCACAUAACCCUAAGCACCCAUGAGUGUGCAGGCAUAUCUGAACGGGAUAUCAACCUGGCCAGUUAUAUAGAGCAAGUGGCAGGUUCUCUGUCUUGAAACUGCAAGUACACAAGCCUGAAUUGAGGAACCCGCAACUACCCCCUUUGUCCCUGGAUCAUUUGGCAAGCAGUGAAUUGUCUGAGCAAAAGAUAGUGCUCAAAAUGUUAACCCCAGUACCAGUAUUGCUGCUUCUUCCUCAGUCACAACAGAACUCAUUCUUGACUGUACCCACCACAGUUGCCUUGGUAAGGGAAUCCAUGUUGAAUGGUUUUACCAAGCUCUUACAUUCUUUUUACCUUUGAAAACAUCUUGUAUCAAGUUGCUAUAUACAAUAUUGUCAAUCUAUAGAUGUUGUUCCAACAGGAUUGCAGCAGCCCUGUCAAGUACAGCUGUGUUAGUUACCUACGUAAAGCUACAUUGUAUAUGAUAAAAAUGUUUUCAAUAAAUAUCUCACUAACCUGG